AUGUGCCCACCACUUUGGUACUACAUUGUGUCAUCGAUUUUACUACCUAGUUCUUUCAGUGCGGAACUUCCCCCACUUCAGUUACCCGCUGGCACAUAUAACCCUGUGAAUAAGCGCGUUAUAUACGUUGGUGGUCUAGCAGAAGAGGUUGAUAAGGAGUUAUUAAAGGCGGCCUUCAUUCCCUUUGGUGAUAUCAUUGAUAUCAACAUGCCUCUCGAUUAUCAAACAGAAAAACAUCGCGGAUUUGCAUUUAUCGAAUACGAAGAGGCUGAGGAUGCUAUUGCUGCAAUUGACAACAUGAAUGAAGGCGAAAUUUUCGGUAGAACGAUUCGUGUCAACGUUGCUCGUCCGGUUCGUAUCCGUGAAGGCUAUGGCAAAGCCGUUUGGUCGGACGACAAUUGGCUCAAAAAGUACGGAGGGUUGGGUGUUGAAGGCUCGAAACCGGACCAAUCGGUUGUUGUUCAACCUGGCGAUCCGUCUUUGGAGACUGUUUCCAAUGUGGAGGCUGAUAACGAUGGUGAAGGUGACGCCAAGCGGGCCAAGGUGGCUCUGCCCCGCGUCUUCUUAGACAUUCGCAUCGGAGACAGCGAUGUGGGUCGCAUCGUGGUGGAGUUGCGCAAAGACGUGGUGCCGCGCACUGCUGAAAAUUUUCGGGCUCUUUGCACGGGUGAACGCGGCUUCGGGUACCGCAACUCCGUCUUUCAUCGUAUAAUACCUCAAUUCAUGUGUCAGGGUGGUGAUUUUACCCGGGGUGAUGGUACUGGUGGCAAAUCCAUCUAUGGUCGUAAAUUCGAUGAUGAGAACUUCCAGCUUCGACACGAUGCCCCUGGUAUUCUCUCGAUGGCCAACUCCGGUCCGAACACCAAUGGCUCCCAAUUUUUUAUCUGUACAGAGCCUUGUGAUUGGCUCGAUGGUAAACAUGUUGUUUUCGGCCGUGUAGUGGAGGGAAUGAGCGUGGUCAAACGGAUUGAGGCAACUGGAACGAAAUCGGGCACCCCAAAGGAACCCGUUCUUAUCACGUAUUGUGGUGAAUUGGUGUAG